AAGCGUGAAGCAGCAUGGCGCUUCCCUGCGAAUGUCAUCAGUGAGAGUUACACAUGUGUACAUGGAUGUGUUCUUUAUUAUUUUGGAUAGAUAAGAUACACUGACCAUGCUGCUGCCCACGCUAAGACAUGUAGUCCAGUGUGGCUAUAGAACUACAGGAAAAGGAUUUACACAGAAUCACGUCACACCUUUAAGACAAUGGCUGCUCCAGAGAGGCCAGAAUACAGCUGUUGCUCAGACUGGAUCUGCCAUGGGCUCAGUGACGGUUCCUAAUUCAGCAACAAACCGUAUCGUAGGACGCUGGCUGGUGGGCUGUAGUGGCCUCGUCCUGGGUGCUGUCGUUCUUGGAGGAGUAACCAGACUGACAGAAUCUGGACUCUCCAUGGUAGACUGGCACCUGGUGAAAGAGAUGAAGCCGCCUCGGACGCAGGCUGAGUGGGAGGCAGAAUUCUCCAAAUACCAGCAGUUUCCCGAGUUCAAAAUAAUGAACCAUGAUAUGACCCUGACCGAGUUUAAGUUUAUUUUCUACAUGGAGUGGGGGCAUCGGAUGUGGGGCAGGCUUGUGGGAUUAGCGUACAUCUUGCCCACUAUGUAUUUCUGGAAAAAAGGUUACUUUAACCGCUCAUUGAAGGGGAAAGUCGUCGGCCUGUGUGGCUUUGUUUUCUUUCAGGGACUUCUGGGCUGGUACAUGGUAAAAAGUGGACUGGAGGAGAAGCCAGACUCUUACGAUGUUCCCCGUGUUAGUCAGUACAGACUGGCGUCUCAUCUUGGUUCAGCUCUAGUGCUGUAUUGUGCCAGUCUGUGGACCGGUCUCACCCUCAUGUUCCCUGCAAAUAAGUUUCCUGACACCAAACAAAUUGUGCAGCUCAGAAGGUUCGCCAAGGGCACAGGAGCAUUGGUCUUCCUUACCGCUCUCUCAGGAGCUUUUGUAGCUGGCCUUGAUGCUGGAUUGGUGUACAAUUCGUUCCCAAAAAUGGGUGAUUACUGGAUCCCAGAUGAUCUACUCGCCUUCUCUCCAACCAUCAAGAACAUUUUUGAAAACCCCACAACAGUUCAGUUUGACCACCGCAUACUGGGCAUUAGCUCAUUAGCAGCCAUCACCGGCCUCUACUUGUUCUCCAGACGCAUGCUGCUGCCUAGAAGAGCAAAGAUCGCGAUCAGCUGUCUGACCGCCAUGGCUUACACUCAGGUGGCUCUUGGUAUCAGCACCUUGCUGAUGUAUGUACCCACAUCUAUGGCUGCCACUCACCAGUCUGGAUCAGUAGCGCUGCUCACUUUCGCCAUUUGGGUCCUUGCAGAGUUACGGAAGGUGGCUAAAUAGAUCAGCAGAGACUAUUAUUAUAUUAUACUAUUAGACUAUUGCAGAUCUAUAAUCUAUAUAUUAAGAUUGUUUCAGGGAUCUGCAGAGCUAAUUAGGGCACUUACUGUUGAGAUCUGAUCUGAAGAAUGAUGUAUGCAAUCUGCAAUAAUGAAAUAUUUCAUUGUGGUCUGAAAAUAAUAAUAAUUAAUAUGUCAUGACUUGAUAGUAAAGCUGCAUGGUUACUGUGACAUGAAUGAAUAAAUAAUACUCACCAUCAAGAAUUCUUGCUACACAGUUCUACAGUAGAAUCAAAUGGAAAAUAGGCCCUAUAUCAAGUUAUGUAUGAAUAAGUGCACUGGUUGAUAUUGUUUCCAGUAACAUAACAUAUAAUGUGGAAACAUUUGGACAACACAAACAAUUAUUAGAACAAUUUAAUCAGUGCAAGUACGUCUUAAGCAACAUCAUUUGAAAAGAGCAGAGCUUUGCUUAGCUUGUGAACAUUCCUCCCAAGAGUUAAGUUACAACACACUGCUCACAAAUGUAAACAUAUUGAUAAAUAAUUAGCAUUUUUUUACAUUAUGGUUGUGGGGGGGGAAGUAUUUACAGCUGUUGUUUACCUUGUUUGGUUAAGACUAAAGACUACACCAUGAACCUUUAACUUAUUGCUUCUGAUUUGUCUGUAUGCUUGGAUGUAAAGUAAAACAGUGUGGUGUCUUUAUAAAAUAAAAAUGGAUACUGACAUAA